GAAUUGGAUCAUAACGGGAUUUCGGUCUAUACCGGCACCAUAAUAUCAGAUUGGGGGGGCAGGCUAGAAUUAGAGAUUGAUAAAAAAGCAAGAAUAUGGGCUCGUGUGAGUAGGAAACAGAAAAUAUCUAUUCUAGUUCUAUCAUCAGCUAUGGGUUCGAAUCUAAGAGAAAUUCUAGAGAAUGUUUGCUACCCUGAAAUUUUCUUAUCUUUCUUAACCGAUAAGGAGAAAAAAAAAUGGGUCAAAAGAAAAUGCUAUUUUGGAGUUUUAUCAACAAUUUUCUUGUGUAGGUGGGGAUCCAAUAUUUUCUGAAUCCUUAUGUAAGGAAUUACAAAAAAAAUUCUUUCACCAAAGGUGUGAAUUGGGGAGGAUUGGUCGCCAAAAUAUUAACUGGAGACUGAAUCUUAAUAUACCUCAGAACAAUAUAUUUUUGUUACCACGAGAUAUAUUAGCAGCUACCGAUCAUUUGAUUGGGAUGAAAUUUGGAAUGGGUACACUUGAUGAUAUGAAUCAUUUGAAAAAUAAACGUAUUCGCUCUGUAGCGGAUAUUUUACAAGACCAGCUCGGGUUGGCUCUGGCUCGUUUAGAAAAUGUAGUUAAGGGAACUAUAGGCGGAGCAAUUAGGCAUAAAUUGAUACCUACUCCUCAGAAUUUGGUAACUUCAACUCCGUUAACAACUACUUAUGAAUCCUUUUUCGGAUUACAUCCAUUAUCUCAAGUUUUGGAUCGAACUAAUCCAUUGACACAAAUCGUUCAUGGGAGAAAGUUGAGUUAUUUGGGCCCUGGCGGAUUAACAGGGCGAACUGCUAAUUUUCGAAUACGAGAUAUCCAUCCUAGUCACUAUGGGCGUAUUUGCCCCAUUGACACGUCUAAAGGAAUCAAUGUGGGACUUAUUGGAUCUUUAUCAAUUCAUGCCAGGAUUGGUGAUUGGGGGUCGUUUGAAAGUCCGUUUUAUGAACUCGUUGAGAAAUCAAAAAAGGCGCGGAUACGGAUGCUUUUUUUAUCACCAAGUCAAGAUGAAUAUUAUAUGAUAGCGGCAGGAAAUUCUUUGGCUCUUAAUCGGGGCAUUCAAGAAGAACAGGCUGUACCAGCUCGAUACCGCCAAGAAUUUUUGACUAUCGCAUGGGAAGAGGUUCAUCUUCGAAGCAUUUUUCCUUUCCAAUAUUUUUCCAUUGGAGCUUCCCUAAUUCCUUUUAUCGAACAUAAUGACGCGAAUCGAGCUUUAAUGAGUUCUAAUAUGCAACGUCAAGCAGUUCCACUUUCUCGGUCCGAAAAGUGCAUUGUUGGAACUGGAUUGGAACGCCAAGAGGCUUUAGAUUCGGGGGUUCCCGCUAUAGCCAAACACGAGGGAAAAAUCCUUUAUACUGACACUGAGAAGAUAAUUUUAUGGGAAAUGAGAAUACUUUAAGUAUUCCAUUAAUUAUGUAUCAACGCUCAAACAAAAAUACUUGUAUGCAUCAAAAACCUCAGGUUCGCCGGGGUAAAUGCAUUAAAAAGGGACAAAUUUUAGCGGAUGGUGCUGCUACAGUUGGUGGGGAACUCGCCUUGGGGAAAAAUAUAUUAGUGGCUUAUAUGCCAUGGGAAGGAUACAAUUUUGAAGAUGCGGUACUCAUUAGUGACUGUCUAGUAUAUGGUGAUAUUUAUACUUCUUUCCACAUACGGAAAUAUGAAAUUCAGACGCAUGUGACAACCCAAGGUCCUGAAAGGAUCACUAAGGAAAUACCACAUCUAGAGGGCCGUUUACUCCGAAAUUUAGACAAAAAUGGAAUUGUGAUGCUAGGAUCGUGGGUUGAAACGGGUGAUAUUUUAGUAGGUAAAUUAACGCCUCAGGUGGCGAAAGAAUCCUCGUAUGCUCCGGAAGAUAGAUUAUUACUGGCCAUACUUGGCAUUCAGGUAUCGACUUCAAAAGAUACUUGUUUAAAAUUGCCUAUAGGUGGUAGAGGUCGAGUUAUUGAUGUGAGAUGGGUUCAGAAAAAGGGGGUUUCAAGUUAUAACCCCGAAAUAAUUCGUGUAUAUUUUUCACAGAAACGUGAAAUCAAAGUAGGUGAUAAAGUAGCCGGAAGACAUGGAAAUAAAGGUAUCAUUUCAAAAAAUUUGCCUAGACAGGAUAUGCCUUAUUUGCAAGACGGGAGACCCGUGGAUAUGG